AUGGCCAUGGCUUCUGAGUCUCAUAUUCUGUGCCUCCUGCUGUUUCUUUUCCCUCUCUCCAUCACUGCUCAAACUAAAGGCAGAAUAACCUUGGGCUCCUCCUUGUCCACCCUUGAAGAAAACACCUCAUGGGCUUCUCCCUCUGGAGAAUUUGCCUUUGGCUUUCGCCGUAUCGCCGACACGAACCUCUACCUUCUUGCAACGUGGUUCGACAAGAUUCCCAACAAAACCAUCACUUGGUAUCCGACACCGAGCAAUACUGAUCCAACCGUGCAGACAGGAUCUGAAGUCAAGCUCACCAGUGAUGGCCAGCUCGUGCUCAGCGACCAAAACGGCCAGGAGAUAUGGAGUGCAGAGACGAGCAACGUCAGCUACGCUGCCAUGCUCGACACCGGCAACUUCGUCCUAGCAAGCAACGGUUCAAGUUAUCUGUGGCAGAGCUUCGACCACCCCUCACACACCCUGCUGCCUGGCCAGGUGCUGGAUCCAAGCAACUCGCUUUUCUCCCAUCAAUCGGACUCCAACUACUCUAUCGGAAAAUUCCAACUUCAGAUGCUUAAUGGAAAUGUCGUGCUUAAUCCGAUAGCUCUCCCCACCAAAAAUAGCUAUGAUGCUUAUUGGACCAGUACAAACACUCAGGGCUCUGGAUCAAGCCUCAGCUUCGAUCUAUCAGGAUACGUGUACAUUGAGAUGCGGAACGGUAGCUCAGUCAAUCUCACCUCGGGGGACACCUCCACAGCAAAAGAAUUCUACCAGAGGGUGACACUCGAUCCAGAUGGUGUAUUGAGGAAAUAUAUCUACCCGAGAAAUGGCACCACGGGGAGCUGGAAGCCAUCAUGGUCUACUUCAUGGUGGGUUCCUGAAGACAUUUGCAAUUCAGCAUUGGUGCAGAUUGGCAGCGGUAUUUUUAUUGCAGUGAAGCAGUUAAAGAAGUUUGUGCAAGAAGGAGAGAAGGAAUUCAAAACAGAGAUGAAAGCAAUUGGCCGGACACAUCACAGGAAUCUAGUCCAAUUGCUGGGGUACUGCGACGAGGGACAGCAUCGCCUCUUGGUGUAUGAGUUCAUGACCAAUGGCUCUCUAGCAAGGUUCCUCUUUGGAAGCAAAAAACCUAGUUGGGAUAAGAGGAUGGACAUCGCCUUUGGAACAGCUAGGGUUCUCGUAUACCUGCAUGAAGAGUGCAGCUCUCAGAUCAUCCAUUGUGAUAUAAAGCCUCAGAACAUCCUUUUGGAUGACUGUUACACAGCCAAGAUAGCUGAUUUUGGAUUGGCGAAGCUUUUGGAGACCGACCAGGCCAGAACAAUUACUGGUAUUAGAGGGACUAAAGGGUAUGUCGCGCCUGAGUGGUUCAAGAGUAGACACAUCACAGCUAAGGUGGAUGUGUAUAGUUUUGGGGUCUUGUUGCUGGAGAUCAUUUGUUGCAGAAAGAAUGUAGAAAUGGAGAUGGGAUGUGAUGAGAAGGCGGUGCUUGUGGAUUGGGCUUACGACUGCUAUAUGGAAAGGAGACUGGAGAUGUUGGUGGAGGAUGAUGCGGAGGCCAAGAGUGAUGCUGCAAGGCUCGAGAGAUUGGUGAGAAUUGCUAUUUGGUGUACUCAGGAGGAUCCUUCUUUGAGGCCUUCCUUGAAGGAGGUGGUCCAGAUGCUGGAAGGAACAAUAGAAGUACCUGCACCCCCAGAUCUCUCGUAUAUCAGCUCUCGCAAUUGGGUCUUCAUCUUUAUUCUAGCAUACUUCUGUUUCUUUAGUUUGUUCUUGUGCAAGUGUCAUGCCCCCUAA